UUCGUCAAGGUAUACCUCAGAUCCCAGCGAUUGCCUCCUACCUAGGUAGCUACCUAUCAACAUUGGAUCCAAGUGAAAAUUUCCACCGUCGCCAACUUUUCACCCUGCACCAUGGCAACUGAUAACUCUGGCCCUCCUCCGGCGAAAAAGAGGAAAACCAAAAAUAAGGCAGACCCAAAUGCUAUUACGAUAGGGGGGAAAACAAUUUCCCUUGAAGGGUAUCUCACAGCGCCCUCAAAGGCUGUGCCUGUAGCCUCAACAUCAGCAUCAGACAGCCCAACGGCCCCUACAGCCACCCCUUCAGCUGCCCCUGUCGCUACCACAGAAGUAAAGAAGCAAAGGCCAGAGCACAAGAAGCCUCCUAGAGGGCGCGAUGCAAGCGCUUGGUCCCGGACUCGGGAUGAUCCAAAACUGCUCAAGACACGCAAAGAGCUUCCGAUAUGGCAGUAUCGCGAGGACAUUCAGAAGGCCCUGCGAAAGUCCGGCAGCGACGUGCUCGUGCUAGUGGGUGAGACAGGUUCUGGAAAAAGUACUCAGGUUCCUCAAUUUCUCUAUCAGGAGCCCUGGUGUAGGCGUCAAAAGAUCAAGAUCGCCGGCUCAGAUGACGAGAUUUCAGUGGGUGGCAUGGUCGCAAUCACGCAGCCUCGACGAGUCGCCGCGACAACUUUGGCUCAUCGUGUUUCUCAAGAAGCCGGGACUCCUCUAGGGAAAGGACGACGAGAUGGCUUGGUCGGUUACUCGGUUCGAUUUGACCACCAGGUCCCGAAGGGAUCAAGGAUCAAAUUCUUGACUGAGGGUAUGUUGCUUCAGGAACUUUUGCGGGAUCCCAAUCUCAGCAGCUACAGCGCUAUCGUGGUCGACGAAAUUCAUGAACGCAGCCUUGAUGUCGAUCUACUUGUUGGUUUCCUGAAGCAGAUUCUUGCAAGCGACUUGUCUGGCCGCGGGGGCGUCCCGCUCAAGGUGAUCAUCAUGAGUGCGACAGCAGAUGUGGAGGGCAUUCAAGAGUUCUUCAAGGAUGUGCGACCAAAGAUCGAGGGCGAGAGCACACUGCAGGUUCUUAAGAUCAAGGGACGACAGUACCCUGUCACAGUUCACCAUGAACCGCGACCUGUACCCGACAUCCAGGACGCCCUUCUCAAGACGAUAUACAAGAUACACUUGCAAGAGCAGCUCCCGGGAGAUAUCCUUGCUUUCCUGACUGGCCAGGAAGAGAUUGAAGCUGCCCAAAAGCUGAUUGAGGAAUAUGCAGAAACUCUUGCCUCUAACGUCCCCAAGAUCAAGGUGUUCCCUUUGUAUGGUCAACUCUCGAUGGACGCACAGCGCGAGGCCUUCUUACCUGUCAAGACUCCUUUUACGCGUAAGAUCGUGCUGGCGACAAAUAUUGCUGAAACAUCAGUCACUGUUCCCGGAGUCAGAUAUGUGGUGGAUUGCGGUAAAGCAAAAGUGAAGCAAUACCGAGCACGCCUGGGCAUGGAAUCUCUUCUCGCGAAACCUAUCUCGAAAUCUUCCGCUGUGCAACGGACUGGUCGAGCAGGCCGCGAGGGACCCGGAAAGUGCUUUAGAUUAUACCCAGAAUCAGCCUUCAAGACACUGCAAGAUUCCGAUCUUCCUGAGAUUCUUCGAAACGACGUCUUGGGAGCAGUUCUGACCAUGAAGGCACGAGGAAUCCAGGAUGUCCUUGCUUUUCCUCUCAUGGAUCCCCCAGAGACAGAAGCAAUCGAGAAAGCUCUAAUUCACUUACAUUUCCUUGGCGCUCUCAAUGAUGAUGGCACUAUCACGAGGACUGGUGAAAUAAUGGCCCGCUUUCCUAUUUCUGCGCCUUUGGGGGCUGUUUUGCUUGCUGCUGCGGAUCCCGAGUUUGAUUGUGUGGUCGAGGUGAUCGACAUAAUUUCCUGUAUCACAUCUGGAGAGGAUAUAUUCCUGAGUAUCCAGUCUGAGCAGGCCCAAGAAGAGGUGGAAACCUUCAGAAAGGAGCUCCAACGCCGCGAGGGAGACAUCAUCACAUAUCUUACCACCAUCCAACAAUACACCGCAGAGAACGCAAACAGAGUGGAUUGGUGCAAGCAACGAAAGAUCAACAUGAGAAACAUGAAACAGGCUCUGAACAUUCGAAGGCAGCUUCGGGGUAUGUGUCUCAAGGAGAAGCUCCUGAAUGAGGCUCCGCCGGCUGACCCCCAACCAUUCGUGCCCAUCUCUCCAGAACGUGCUGAGCAAGUCCUCAAGUGUUUCUUGAGAGGCUUCGCUCUGAAAACUGCUAUGCUGUCUCCCGACGGCAGCUUUGUCACGAUCCAAGGCAAACACGUCGUUGCCAUCCAUCCUGCCAGCGUAUUACAUGGGCAGAAGAAAGAAGCCAUCAUGUUCCUCGAGCAUGUCUACACGAAUAAGAAUUAUGCCAAGAAGGUCAGCGCCAUCCAAGCUACAUGGAUUGUUGAAGCAAUGGGAGGCAGGUAGAUAUUUAGUGGUGUUAUUUGUUUAGUAAAGGCAUGCUUGUAGUUAAUACAUCGGAAAAGGUUUGGUCUAUAUAGUGUACAAACUUUUGAGGAAUAUCCGUACAUGUCCAAGUUAGUAACAUGAGCAAAACGUUGAG